AUCUAGCACUAGGGGCAGAUUCAUCUAAGCCUCAUUGGUUCAAAGGACCUUUCAGUCGCAAGAAGAAGCUUUCUGUUUUAGGUGAUUUUCAAAGUGAUUCUUCAGCACACAAGUCAGAGCCCUUGAAGCUGCCACCUGGAGGUGAACCUCCUCAUUGGGGCAAAGUUAAAAGUGCAAAAAAGGCACAUGGGAAAGAUGUUUUGUUCCAUUCAAAUUUCUUUCCACCUUUUGAAGGGUCAUAUCAUAUUCCUGGAUUGGAAUCAGCAAACUCUAAUAUGUGGAAGAAACCUCCUAACCCGCCUUUUACAGACCAUUCAGAUAAUUUAGGCUUUUAUUAUCCAUUUGAUCCUCUUGAUGGCCCUCUUCCGCCAAUGUUUGGUAAUGCUUGGAUUCACAAUUAUGCCAAUGAUGAAAAGAAUGAAACUACUACUACUGCCCCGGUUGUUACAAUAUCUGAUGAAGAUAGGGAUGAAAUCUUGAGGAAAUUCCAACAUUUUAAACAGUUUGACACAGUUGAAGACACUUCAGACCAUUACUAUAAUGGCAAAAGUUAUUCCUUGAAGCAGCAUUCAAAGAAUUGGUCAAAGAAAAUUCAGGAAGAGUGGAGAAUUCUUGAGAAGGACUUGCCUGAUACAAUAUUUGUUAGAGUUUAUGAGUCAAGGAUGGAUCUUUUGAGAGCUGUAAUGAUUGGAGCAGAGGGAACUCCUUAUCAUGACGGUCUCUUCUUUUUUGACGUUUUCUUUCCCAAUGGCUAUCCCAAUGUGCCACCGGAAGUCCACUACCACUCUGGUGGUGUUAGGAUCAACCCAAAUUUGUAUAACUGCGGCAAAGUAUGCCUCAGUCUGCUUAAUACUUGGUCUGGCGAUAAGAAUGAGAAGUGGCUUCCUGGUGUUUCAACAAUUCUACAGGUUCUUGUUUCUAUACAAGGUUUAAUCUUGAAUACAAAGCCUUAUUUUAAUGAGCCAGGGUUUGCUCAUACGAGUGGUUCUGCUGCUGGCGAAAUGAGGUCCCUGCAGUAUAAUGAGGAUGCAUUUAUUCUAUCAUUGAAGACGAUGAUGUACGUGAUGAGAAAGCCUCCAAAGCAUUUCGAGGACUUUGUUGCGGGGCAUUUCUGCACCCGGGCUCAUGAUAUUUUGGUGGCGUGUAAAGCAUACAUGGAUGGUGCUCAAGUUGGCUGUUUGGUCAAAGGUGGAGUGCAGGAUGUUGACGCAGGUGACCGGAGCUGCUCAAGGCAGUUUAAGGAAACCUUAGCUGGAUUUGUGAAUAGGCUUGUCGGAGAAUUUUCCAAAGUUGGAGCUAAGGAGUGUGAGAAAUUCUUGCCGCAGGCGGCUACAGCAGGUAACAUGUCAGCAGGUUGUAACCCUGAUGCUGCUGGUGCUGCUGCUCCUGCUACUGCUACUUGAACUCUCCCCUGAUGAAGCCCAAUUUUGAGACUUGAUACAUAUAGGAGGCAUAUUUAAGCUAUACCUAAUAGCUCCCUGUUUUAUUUCAAGAUAAUAGCCAAAAUCUGGUGAUGGUCCAUCUUAUGUUCGUUCACAUUGGAAAAACAUGCCUGCACAUAAUUUUGGUCAUUGUAUAUAGUUGCGGAUGAUGCUAGUACAUUGUUAGUAUGACUCAUGGUUUAAGUUU